GAAAAUACGAUGUUGUUCUUCAGCAGCCGGAAUAUCUCCUGACGGACCAAACAACCGGAAGUGGAGCGUCCUCAACGUUCAUGUGGACAACAAAAAGUGUCUCUCUGAAUUGUAACACUAAGGAUUCACCUACACGGGCUUCAAAAUAAAACAUGUCGGACAACGAAGAUAACUUCGACGACGGAGAUUUUGAUGAUGCCGAAGAGGACGAGGGGUUAGAUGACCUGGAAAACGCGGAAGAUGAGGACCGGGAGAACGUGCAGAUCCUGCCGGCUGGAGAGGGACAGCAGGCCAACCAGAAGAGGAUCACAACACCGUACAUGACUAAAUAUGAGAGGGCCAGGGUGCUGGGCACACGAGCUCUUCAGAUAGCGAUGUGCGCUCCAGUCAUGGUGGAGCUGGAGGGAGAAACAGACCCCUUGCAAAUAGCUAUGAAAGAGCUAAAGAGCAGGAAGAUCCCCAUCAUCAUCCGCAGGUACCUUCCUGAUGGAAGUUAUGAGGACUGGGGCUGUGAUGAGCUCAUCAUAACCGAUUAAAUUACCCACUCUGCACUGACAAUAUAUGCUGGUUCACACCCCCAACCGUCUCAGGUCAGUCAGCUGCACAAACCCAGAAGAUUCCUAAAACAGCUGCGAUUAUCACCCACCUGUUCAUAACUCAAUUUGAUCCACCACAUCAUGUGACUCUGCCAGUCCAUGAUAUUUGAAUACCUGGGAUGUACUGAACAGACACUAGAAGGCUCAGUAAAAUCAAAAGAGUGUUUAUAAUCCUGUGAACUUGUUAUGUUCUCAGUUUCAUUGUGCUGUUGCAUGCAAAGCAACUCCUGGUUAAAUUCAGAAUCUAUUGUACUUCUUUUUUUAUUCUUUUUUUUACAGCUGCAUUAUAACUUAGAGCCACAAGGGGGAAAUGUAACUUAGCUCAAAAAUGUACUACAAAAUAAUCCUGUGUUGUAAUUAUUCCAUUUGUUGUUUCGAAGGAGAGAGGUGAUUAGUGUAAAAGAACAGUUUUAUUGUUAUUAAUAAACUCUUUUGUAUAAAUCA